AUGACGACACGUCCAUCAAGAGCUCUCCGGCAAAAAGCUACCUUCGGAGCCUCUGUCGGCAUUUCGUUGGCGUUGUGCGUUCAAGCGGGCUACGUCGAGCUCUUCCAAGACUCAGCGUUCGAGCUCAAGCUCGCGAGCGUCAAUGAUGUGCAAACGGACGUCUGCUACGAUCUCGUUUGCGCUGACUCGUCCUCGGCUGCGAUGUCUGCCAAGUGGGAGGGUCUGCCAGAGACCGGAAUCGCGUUCGAGGGCGGAGCAGCUAUGAUUGCGUUCUACAGCGACCGAAAUUGCUCUUCCGAGUACAAUGGUGGCCAAUCGAUUCGCAGAUACUGGAAAGUCGGCAUCCAGGACGACGCCGAUCCUAACUUCCCGACAAACUUUCAACUGGACGGGAUAGCCAACGCGAUCUCAUCGUUCAACGUGAUAAAGAACGGAGGGACUGAUCACGUUGAAUACAUUUGUGGGAUGACGCAGUUCGAUACCAACGAUUACUUGAUAAAUAUGAGAACGAUCCUGUGUCUUCACUUUCUCAUUCUUCAAUCUGCGUCCUUCCAAUGCCCAGACAUUUUCACGCCCAUGCCUGUGACGAUGACCUCGCUGUUACUCUUGUUGGCGUUUGCAGCUUCAUGUUCGGUCACCUCGGGCGAGUUCUCGGGGCAGAUCAAUCUCUACCGAGACAUCAACUACCGGAACAAUCUCGCACUCUUCGCCUUCACGAGGUCUAACCGGUGCUUCAACCUGGCGUGCGGUGACUACAACAACGCCGUAUCGUCCGUCUCGUGGUCAGGACUGCCGACGUCGGCAAGCUACGACGGCGAGAAGAAUGCACACAUCACAGCAACUUACGCCUAUGAUCCCGACGCGCACGUGGUCUUUUACAUCGACGGGGGCUGCAUUGGCGUGAGCAAGCGCUUCAGGACUACUAUGGGCGGCGUGUCGACCUUCGAGGAUAUCGUCAUCAACGAUGCGAUUUCGUCUUUCAUGGUGGUCGUAACCUCGAAUAAAAUCGAGAAUGGGGAAACCAGUAUCUGCGACGAGUUGACCACCUUCGACACCAGUGUGAACGCGACAGCGUGA